CGCGUUUGUUUCAGCGUGGACAUUAGCAGUGAACAUGGCGAACUGGUGUGUACGUGCGGUCAGGCAGAGCUAUACUCUUAUAGCAUCCCCUACACUUGUAAGGGCUACCCCACGUCUCCUUUGUACAGCAGCACAGCAGACAAGUUCAGGGAUUGGAACUGAAGAGGAGAAUGGUGCUCAGAAGCCAGAGCCCAGUGCGGCAGAAAAAGCCUUGACCGAAGAAAAGACGCAACUAGAAGAACAGCUGAAAGAUGUUACGGAUAGAUACAAGCGGGCACUAGCAGACACAGAGAACCUUAGGCAACGGAGUCAAAAGAUGAUUGAUGAUGCUAAACUAUAUGGAAUCCAGGGCUUCUGCAAAGAUCUGUUAGAAGUAGCAGACAUCUUGGAGAAGGCAACAGAAAGUGUACCUAAAUCAGAAGUAACGGCUGCAAAUCCUCACCUGAAAAAUCUAUAUGAUGGCCUUGUAAUGACUGAGGUGCAGAUUCAAAAGGUCUUCAGAAAACAUGGUCUUAUUAAGCUUAACCCUGAUGGUCAGAAAUUUGAUCCUUAUGAGCAUGAGGCUGUCUUUCACGCACCUGUGGAUGGAAAGGAGCCUGGUACCAUAGCCAUAGUUACUAAAGUGGGUUACAAGCUGCAUGGGCGCACCCUGCGGCCAGCUCUGGUGGGUGUGGUCAAAGCCCCCUAACUGGUUUUAUACACAAUGGUUGUAAUGGGUUAUUGCCUGAAAAACAGAUCAGCUCUUGCAAGUUAGCUGGUCUAAGUUCCACCUCUUUUGCUAAAGGUGCCUCCGAGAGGCAAAAUCUUAUGUAAUGAUAACUGAAGAACAAUGCCAGACUAAUCAAGUUGGAGUAAUGUAUUGAUAAUUCUAAAUAAAAAAACAAUAGUACUUGGGUAUAUUUUAAGAGCUUAGUAAGUGUGUGUGUGUGUGGUAGAAGAUACACAGAAUCUUUAAUUACCUGGAUCAGUUUUCUUUUGGGGAUCAGCAUCAUUCCAGGGGCUCUUGAGAUUUAACAAGUCAAUGUACUGCAGCUUAUAACGCAGUGUAUUAAACACUGUUACCCAUAUUUGCUCUUAAAAUAAACACCAAAAACAUUAGCAGUUCAUCACCACCUUGUACCGUGUCAUUUAUGGAUGACGUCAACAGAUUCCAGAUGUUUAAUUUUCAGUGUUAUGCAGGUUUUUUGCAUAAUAAUUACUGACUGCCCUCAGGUCAAUAAUAGAUUCUGGGAAGAUUUGAAGAGAGGAGGGAUGUCUUUGUGAUGCUGAUAGGCCUGUGCUUUAUAAAUUCAUAUGUAAAGCUGUUUGUAAUAUGAAUGCACUGAUGAUGACCUGACAUGAAAAUAUGAACAUUAGAUAUUAGCAUUUCUUUGCACCUGUUUUCAGUUUAUCCAUCUGCAGAAGCAAACAGACUGUCCAAUAAAGUUGUACCUGUACCUCUUCAAAUAUAGUGCUGUCAUUAGACCUUCCAUGGAUCUGUUCAUAUGUUUGGUGAUGUUUUCAUAAAAUGGUUUAAAAAGGUACAUUCAAGCCUUUAAUUUGUGUGUGUAUUACUGUUAAUUUAAGUCAAAUAUAAUGCAAGUGUAGAAUUGUUCUUCAGUACUUAAGGCUAGAAAAAAAAACUUAAAUUACACUUGAUGUAAACAUUGACUCCAGAAAUGUAGAUCUCCAGAAAUGUAUGUUGGGACUCAAGCAAUUAAGUUGGUUUGAAACCAUAUAGCAAUUUGUUGUAAAAACAAAUGGACAAGAACAAUUAUAUUUCAACACUUUAAUACAAAGUAAGAAAGAGCAUGACAUAUUCAAUAAAAUACAUCUUUUCACAUAUUCAAGUUCAACAUUUUUGACAAAUAUGAUGCUUCCAGAAUGGGCUAUUUUACCAAAGAACAUUCAUGCCACACCCAAGCAGAAAAAAGCCUCGUAAUUUUUUAAUUGUCACAUUGUCUUCAAAAAUUAUAAAGCUGUUCUUGAGAUGGUGUCUUAACUGUUAUCAUUUUCAGUAUGUAUUCCCGUCUAACAUUUUCAUUUACUUCAGAAAAAUAAUUA